AUGGAUCAACCACCCUUGGAUAACGUUAUAUCACACUCCGUUCUCAUCAGAGUUUUCGAAGGCGUUGCAGUAGCAACAAAGACUGGUGAGGCUAAGAAGGAUCUCAUCGUGCGCUUCAUACACUCUCGGGAAGCCCCAUCGCGCGAUGUUGGCUCUAUUUCGGAGCCCAGCUCACCACCCUGUCAAGGCCUGUCCUUUCUUGAUUGGAAAGCAGCACUAUCCGCUGGGCUUGAUGGAGAUUUACGACACCUUGCCAACAUAACGCUUGCCAUCUCUUUUCUCCGCGAAGCCUGUCGGCAUAAUGAUGCGGCUACCCCAGAAGAUAUCACGCAAUGCUGGGCUCUCAUCAAAGCAGCCAUGACAUCCACCGAGUUGAGUGGGGGCAGAUUAACUGCCUCCCGCAGCGCUCAGGGGUUCCUGUCCGUGCCGCUCUGUAGCCUAAUAAGAGACGGCAACAUCGAUGAGCUUUUCCGAUUGCACGUCUGGCUGCCAGACGGAAACCGAGGAAACCCAGACCUGACUCUCCACUCGCACCAACCCUUUGCCGAGAGUUGGGUCCUCGCUGGCGAAGGGACAGACCAUUCGUACAGCGUCGAACCGGCGAGCGAUGACGAGGCAACUCAUGCCGAAUACGCUCUCGAGUGGAGCGACGGCGCGUCUCAAAGCGCGGCAUACAAGACGCAGCAGAAGUACUCGGUGAUCAAGAACACGGGGAAGCUAUUCCGCGCGAGACACACCGCCUCCGCGCCGCAUACGCGGAAUAUGACAUAUUCGAUCCCAGCAGCUGCGUUCCACAGGAGCCAGGUUGCGCCUGAUGCCUUCCAUGCCACUCUGUUCUACUUCGAUGCCCGGCGCGGGUUUGUCAAAGAUGCAGGUGUCUUGGGUCCAAAGAACGGCGAUUCGUUCUCGCAGCUUCGCGAGGUCGCUGGGACUACUCCUUCGGCACUUGCGCGCAUGGUCGAUGCUGUCCGUGCGUGGGGAGUCUUGGUCGAAGAGGGGCAGAAACAUGCUCACCGCACGGAUUAUGAGGCCGCUCUGCACUGCUUCGCCAGGGCCCUUACGAUGUGCGGUAGCGACUCGUUUCCCAAUCCAGCGGGAAGUAGGGCUAUUGUCCUCGGCGAGCUCGGGAAUACCUACAGGCGAAUCGGCAGGUACGACGAGGCCAUAGCCUUCUUAGAAGAAGCGAUACAAGAGAUGAAACCUGGUUUAAGUCAGGUUGAACUGGCCGGUGAGCUAGGUGUCAUCUACCGUCAUAUGAACCGCCUAGGAGACGCAUCAGAUGCCUUCGAAAAGCAGUAUGUCACCGCGAAGCAUCUCGAAUUUGACCGCGAAACGUGCCGCGCCGUCGGGAACUUGGGAAUGGUCAAUUAUCAGUUGUCCAAUUUUGACCUCGCUACACAGCAACUCCUCGAGCGAGUGCGACGCGCCCAACAACUAAUGGAAGCCAUCCACCCGCCAAGAUCCAAUGAAGACGAUCGCUGGCUGAAGAAGUUCAACACUUGGGAGUCCAUCGGCCUCUCCCGUCUCUCACUCUGCUACUACAGCCAGGACCGCAAACAAGAAGCGAUAGAAACGUCGCGAGCAGCCCUGACGAUAGCGAACGCGUCCGAGGACUCCACACUCAAGGCCAUGUCGCGCUUCUUCCACGGACGAGCGCUGCUGUUAAACGGCCAACAGGCAGAGGCACUGGGCUUCUUCAACGACGACGCCCAAGGGACAUGCACACCAGCCAUCGCCUUCUGCAAGGAACCCUCGGACGAGAACCGCGGAUAUCUGAGAGAGCUGGUCAAGGCCAACGCGAAAUUCGACCUCGUCGACGACCAGAGCUACACAGCCCUCGACCACGCGGUGUUCAACGGCGACAAAGAGACCGAAAUGAUCGUCCUGGAGGGGCUCGCCAACAACAACAUGGGGUACCGGGAGCUAUUUCAGGAGAAGAUCCGCGCCGUGCUGCUGAGAGGGAAGGGCGACACCCUGCGCGACAUCCGAGAAGCCUACGUACGUGAGCUCUCGGCCAACCAGGCGAAACGAAACAUGUUCGACGCGCUCAAAGUCAUGCGCUACAUCGACUUUGCGGAGUUCGGAAAGCUUCCGCGGUCUAGCGACGGACUGGCACAUGAAUACGCGGCAAUGUCGCACAACAUGCCCGUCACAUACAUCGUAUUCUUCUCGUACCGAUGGAUCAACAGAGCGCCUCGUGCACGAUCACCCGAUGAUGAACACCACACGCAGUACCGGCGCAUGAUAGGCGCAGUCGAGGAUUUUCUUCUGUCGCACCCCUCUGUUGACAGAACGACGUUGGGGAUCUGGAUGGACUUCGCAUGCGUAAACCAAGACAACCCCGACGCCGGCGUCGCCGCCCUCCCCAUGAUCAUCACCCAAUGCGACGCCAUCAUCACCCUCGCAGACGACCAGUACUACGAGCGGGGCUGGUGCUGCGUGGAGGCCAUCAUGGCGCAGACACUCCGAAAGUCUUACGGGCUGCAUCUGUGGUACGAGCAAGUCCGCGACGAUCACGAUCGCAACGGGAAAUGGAUACUGAAGAGGGCGCCUGAGCGCGAAGACUUGGGUUUGGAGAAUAAGCUGCUGACUUACAAGGAGGACCGUCCGAAGGUUCUGUUCUUGGAACGGCAGAGUAAGUUGUUGGGAUGA